UCCAUGUUUGAGUUCAUCGUCGUCCUUCUCUCCUCCUUCCUCCUCCUCCUCGUCCUCUUCACUUGCUUCCUCAUGCUGAUUUUCAAGAGGAAGAGGAGGAUCUACGUCAGAGUUGUCCCUUACACACCACGCGCAGCUCCUAUGAAAUUCCCUCGCACACCUUUGCCUCAAGUAAUACCCACGUCGGAGCUCAUCCCGAGGCCAAUACUACGGCAUACCUCACUUAGCAACGACAGGAAGCCUCGGUCCGUCAGCUGGGAGUACGGUGGAGAGCCCGGCGGAGGGAGGUGGGACGCAGGCAACCACAACCCAACACCCCAACGGCACUACAUCACCCUCGACGCCCAGCCAGUCCGCCACGACCCUGGGGAUGUCUAUAGCAUCUCCCAAGGCUUCGACUCCUGGGGGAAUGACAUGCAGAGACCCCAGGAGCCUACCAAUGCCCUCUGGCGAGACGCUCCCUGGGCAGAUAAUAACAUAUACGAGUGGCGCCGAUAAUGUGAUACUUAGAAAGGUUAUAUUCUCACACAAUUCAAUGCCCCAGCACAUAUAUUUGAUGAGGCUUUCGUAAGAGUUGUGGUCAUUUCUAUAGGUAGUUUUGUGACCCUGGUGGUAGUUUGACCCUUCUUUUGUACCGUGAACCUAAAAAGACACCCAUGAGAACCUGAUUGAUCUCCUCUUCGGCCUCUGGAGAUAGUUGAUGUAAGAGGAGGACGCGUCUGAGCAUACCGUGGGCAUUCCCAUGGGUAGUUUUGUGACCCUGGUGGUAGUUUGACCCUUCUUUUGUACCGUGAACCUAAAAAGACACCCAUGAGAACCGGAUUGAUCUCCUCUUCGGCUUCUGGAAAUAGGUGAUGUGAGAGGAGGACGCGUCUGAGCAUACCGUGGGCAUUUCCAUGGGUAGUUUUGUGACCCUGGUGGUAGUUUGACCCUUCUUUUGUACCGUGAACC